AUGUCGCUCAAUGAUUCCAAAACAGACUGGCCAGAAUGCCAUAUUGCUCAAUGCUUGCUACACAAGCCUGACUGGACAAAAAUAUCCAAACUUUCUAGUCAAGUAUUCGAGAAUACCAAAAUAAAAACUUUCUUUGCCAAGUUAAGAAGUACCGUUGAGGCCAAGUGGUCGAAAUAUGCUGAGAAAUUUGUACAUGUUAAUCCCGGUAUACAGCGACGACGACAGCAGAAUCAAUCACAAAUCCAGAAGGUUAGAAAGCAGAGAUCGAGUAAAGUGAAGGUGGUUGGUGAAAUUAAUGGAAAUUGUGAAGAUUAUAUAAAAAGAGGCGAUGAACUUAUGAGAAGCAUUAACGAAGAAAGUAAAACUAACAAAGUUGAUGAAAGAGUUGCGGCUGCAAAAUAUAGUAAAAAACAAGACCAGCAGGAUCAGCAGCUUCAGCAGUUUCAACAACGUUACCAACAAUAUCAACCAAGUCAACACCAGCCUAAUCUUCAAUUGCAUGGUAUAAAUGGAAAUAAUACUUCUAAUAAUAAUGCGUCUCAAGACAAUACUCGGACUAGGGUGUUGUCUGGUGGCAAUGUAUCGGGUAUUUGGUCACAAUUUACACCUGGACCUUUUCAAGACUUAUCCUACCUUGUUCAUAGACCACCACUUUAUCAAGCCUCACACUCACAAUAUGGAUAUGUUACUUCACCAAUAAGACCACCUGCACAAGUUUUGGGCAAUCGUACAGCAACUUAUGGACAAAUAUUACUACCAUCAACAGUUAUGAACGUUCCUUCUUUUUAUCAGCCAAUCGAUCUCGUGACAGAUUUACGGCAUACUAUUUAA